CGGGCAGGGGGCAGGUGUGUGGGUCUGCAGGGAGGGCUGGCCCUAGACCUGAGGUAUGAAAGCCCCUGCCCCGGUCCUAGUUCUGAGUCUGGAUGGGGACACAGGGACUGCACCGCCUGGGUGGGAGGCCCCAGGGGAGGGGCUGCCUCUUGCUGGCUGUGGCAGGAGCUACUUCCCUGGUGACCGUGUUGUUGGCAGUGCCUAUCACUGUCCUGACUGUGCUGGCCUUGGUGCCCCAGGAUCAGGGACAUUGGGCAAUCCUAGCCUGAAUUUGCAAGCCCCUUGCUGGUUGGCUUCUCUUCCUGAUCCGGUUGAGAAGAUCAUUGGCUCGGGAGCACAGGCUCAGAAAAGACUGGAUGACAACAAACCAUCAUGCAUCUUGCCCUCACCCUCCAGCCUCUCAGAGACUACUGACCCCCGUCUGCAUCCUCAGAGAUCCUAUUCUUCCAGGAAUCUAGGCUCUGCGUCCCAGGGCCCUGUUGCACAGGCCUCUCAGGAGGCAUCUGCGUGGGUGACCACCCUGUCCCCAGCAGAUUCUUCACGAGAUCCAGGGGUUCAACAGCUGCCAAAGCAGGAACCAGAAACUGACCUCAGCCCCGAACUUCCUGCUGCCCACCUCAUAGGCGCUUGGAUGAGCGGGCAAGGGCUCAGCUGGGAGGAGAGCCAAGAAGAAGCGUUUCUGAGGAGCGGCGCUCAGUUCUCCCGCACCCACGGGCUGGCGCUGCCGCAGGACGGAGUCUAUUACCUCUACUGCCACGUCGGGUACCGGGGCAGGGCGACCCCUGCCGGCCGAAGCCGCGCUAGCUCGCUCACGCUGCGCAGCGCCCUGUACCGCGCGGGGGGCGCCUACGGGCGGGGCUCCCCCGAGCUGCUGCUGGAGGGCGCGGAGACCGUGACCCCUAUUGUGGACCCCAUCGGGUACGGGUCUUUAUGGUACACGAGCGUGGGGUUCGGCGGCCUGGCGCAGCUCCGGAGCGGCGAGAGGAUCUACGUCAACAUCAGUCACCCCGACAUGGUGGACUACAGGAGAGGGAAGACCUUCUUCGGGGCGGUGAUGGUGGGGUGACAGCCAUCUGUAUUCCUUGAAGGAUCCACUGACGGUGCGAAUGUGUGAAUCGUGAUGUCCGGAGAGUCCGGAAGCCUGGGACCCCACGGUCCCGGGCGGCGGGGGGCGUGGCGCGGGAGGGGGGGAAUGUAGGACAUGAAUUUUGAAAAUAAAGAAUGUAAACGAUA